ACACUUGCGUGAAACAACCGAACAGCAUUCAACUUGACUUUUAAUUGCAAUUGGUUUUAACUUAAAUAUUAGCUAUGGCGCUUGUUUCGUCCGCCCGCGAGUCACUGUCACACGCCCUGAACAAUCGCUUUCUACCCAAUCUCGAGUACUUGCUGCAAGGAUCCAUCUUGGACUCGGCCGUCGAACAUCUAAUGCACCGGCUGAAAGGUCUUUGCGAUAAUGUGGACACAUCGCCGGAGACAUUCCAUGACCUGGAGGUGUGCAUGAGUCUGCGGCAGCCCAACUCCAAUCAGCCGCUUUUGCUUCGUGUGCGUCGCGCCUUGGGCCGGGAUGCCCCCUUUCAGAUGCGUUAUCUCGGCCAGCCAGAGGUGGACCAGCGUCGCCCCACAUUGGUGCGCAGUUGCAUGGACUGUGCCUGCACCAGCAGCAUUCUGGAGUUCCUCACCGAAAUGGGAUUUCGCUUGGAAUUCGAAUACAUUGCCAAGGGCUACAUGUUCCGCAAGGGCCGCAUGAAGAUUACAGUCUCGAAACUCAUCAAAAUCAUACCCGGCAAGCAGCAGGACAUGGCCAAUGAGCCGAUAUCCCAGAGCUACAUUGUGGAACUGUCUGUGGUGGCGCCCACGGGCCAGGAGAAUGUCGGCGAAGAGAUGCGCGUAUUUGCCGAACAACUAAAGCCGCUCGUGCAGCUCGAGAAGAUCGACUACAAGCGUCUGGGUUCCAUGCCCUAGGCCCAAUUGUGGCAUCCACAAAUGUUAAAUGUAUCAUUUAAUAUUUUAUUUCUUUGAGAAA